AUGAAGCGCCACCUACAGGAUAUAUCGAUAGAUAUGGACAAUGACUCUGACAUUGUUCCCUCCUUCCACAAUCCUCGAAACGGCUUCGCCCUUGCCAGAAGCGUUACAACAAUGCAACCAGGCAACUCCACCAAACUUUACACUAUCGACGAUCCUCGUUAUUCAAGCGUCUAUGAGCUUGCACGUCCUAUCUGGCCCGCCAAUGACGUUGUUACGCCAGCCAUAUCCGAAAAGAAGAUCCGAGAACUCGAGAGUGGAAAUGACGACGAAAAGUUGAUGGCUGCCUUUGCCAGGCAUGUCAUAAACCCAGGCCGCAAUCGUCGUCCCGGCACAAGAUGGGUUUCUCACAGAUCGCUGAGAAAGGCUUUCGCAGAGCACUUUGACCAGACUGGGUUUUUGGCAGAAUCCACUUGGAAGAAUAAGGCAGCAAGUGACUUCGGUCUACCUGAGUUAUUCUUCAGAACCGUCGAUGAUGGCAAAGCCUACUUGAGACCCGAUGAGUCCGUCGAUGAUCUAGUUGCAGACCUCGGACAGGCGCCUGACUUACAACCAUUGACUGCUGAAGAGUAUGAGCAGCUACGCAAUCGUGUCACAGCCACCGAGCACAGCGCAUCAAUCACGGCUGAUCAGCCGCAGAGCGCUGACACCUCAUUUCAGAGCGGACAGAGUCUCCUGGAUGAGGAUGACCUAAACACGACUGAAGACGUAGACGACAUUCCUCGCCCCUUCAAACGACUUCGAUCAAUGUCUUGCGCAAAGUCACAGUUGGGAGAAAGCACAAAAGCGCACUCAGUGCUGGAAUCGGGCUUGGUUACACCAGAUUGCAUGAGUCCACCAUGUGCUAAACCACACGUAUCUCCCAAUAUCAAACAUAACACACCUUCACCCAAACUGAACUCAAGCACGCCUAACACGAAGAGUUCCGAGAAAGACAACACCUACGCGGCAUGGCAUACUGACCAGCAACUAUCAGAAAAAUCGAGAAUAUUGCAAGAACAUAAGCCUAAGCCGUUGCAACAAGAGCAAGCAGACAUCACUGACAUUGGGAGCCAAAACAAGUUACCUCAGUCCAACAGUCCUGCUGAAAACAACAUGAGAGCUGUCAAAAUGAUCCUAGUCCCGAAAAUCUGCGACAUACUCAAAGACUUCCCGACUGCGCCUGAGGACGAGUCGUUCCUACCUCUACUCCGUCAACUGCUCAAAGCGGCGGUAGCUAACACACCUCAGACUAUGGAAGACAAACACCUUGAUAUGCUUACUCAUGUUGUCACACACUGCACCAGCAGCUCUCAAAGCGAUCCAAUGAAUAUCGCAAGUCUGGUCAGACCUGUGCUCAAGAUCUUGUCAAGACAUCGUCCCAAGCUGGCCAUGCAAACUCAUAGCCAAAUUCAAAGAGGCAUCAAUGCUGCAGCUCGAGCGAAUGACCUGGGUUGGCUGCGUGCUUUGCAUGCUGAGUUGUUGCUUUUUGAAGCACAGCAUGAGGAAGACCAGAAUGGACAGUAA